AUGGAGGGAGAGAGGAGCGUAAGUGGGAGAGUAAAGCAAGGGGUUGGUGGAGUGGGGAAGAGGCAUUUAAGUAUAGGAAAUAGUUUAUUUGACCGGGGAACCAGAAAGCUAAAGCUUGGAAACACAGCAAUCGAUUGGAAGUGCCAACAUGUUUUGGAAGAAGAAAUAGGCAACUUAGAAGGUGACGAAGAGGAAUGCUUGAAGAGAACUCUUACAGCUCAUGCAUGCAGACUUUAUACACAGCAGCAAAAUCCGUGA